AUGAUCAAUGCCGUGUUGGUCUUUAAUAAUAGUGGUCAGCCACGACUGACCAAAUUCUAUACACAACUGGACACCCAAACACAACAAUCCCUCAUCGCUCAAAUAUACAACCUCGUCUCCCAACGCCCCUCUUCCGCCUGCAACUUCCUCCCACUUCCCCCGCUCCUCGCCGAGGGCGCCAGCUCCAACACCUCCAACACCAGUUUCUCCGACGCCCCCACCCAAAUCACCUACCGAACAUAUGCCACCUUAUCAUUCAUCCUAAUAUCCACCUCGACGGAAUCGCCUCUAGCCCUCAUCGACCUGAUCCAAGUCGUCGUCGAAGCGCUGGACCGCCUGUUCGAGAACGUGUGCGAGUUGGACCUGAUAUUCGGAUUCGAGACCAUGCACGCUGUGCUUGGCGAAAUGAUUGUUGGCGGGGUUGUGGUGGAGACGAAUCUUGAGCGGAUCGUGCAGGGUGUGAAAAGUCAGGAGGGGUCGAAGGGGAAGCGGAGGGCCGUUGAGGCUGGGAGCGGGGCGAUUGGAAGGGCGGGCAUUCCAGGGCUAGGGCCCAACCGAGCUAUGCACAUCAGCUUCGACUUCAUCUUGAGUUUGAUUCUUCUCUUCUUCAUUCCUCUCCUUGUCCCCGUCAACCAACGAAUUCACGACAACACCGACAAAAUGCCUCCCAAGGGAAAGAAAGUUGCUGCCGCCCCCUUCCCCCAGGGGAAGGCUGGUGCUAAGAAGGCUCCCAAGAACCCUCUUCUUGAGAAGCGACCCCGCAACUUCGGCAUUGGCCAAGACAUCCAGCCCAAGCGCAACCUCUCGCGCAUGGUGAAGUGGCCCGAGUAUGUCCGCCUCCAGCGCCAGAAGAAAAUUUUGAACCUCCGCCUCAAGGUUCCCCCUGCGAUCGCCCAAUUCCAGAAUACAUUGGACCGCAACACCGCCGCUCAAGCCUUCAAGCUCCUCAACAAGUACCGCCCAGAGUCGAAGGCUGAGAAGAAGGAGCGUCUACACAAGGAGGCCACCGCUGUUGAGGCUGGCCAGAAGAAGGAGGACGUCAGCAAGAAGCCUUAUGCCGUCAAGUACGGUCUCAACCACGUUGUUGGCCUGAUCGAGAACAAGAAGGCUUCCCUCGUCCUCAUCCCCAACGAUGUCGAUCCGAUUGAACUUGUUGUUUUCCUCCCCGCCCUCUGCCGCAAGAUGGGCGUCCCCUACGCCAUCAUCAAGGGCAAGGCCAGACUUGGAACUGUCGUCCACAAGAAGACUGCUGCCGUCCUUGCUCUGACCGAGGUCCGCGCCGAGGACAAGACGGAGCUCUCUAAGCUCGUCUCCGCCAUCAAGGAGGGUUACAGCGACAAAUACGAGGAGAGCAAGCGCCGAUGGGGUGGUGGUAUCAUGGGUGCCAAGGCCGUUGCCAAACAAGUCAAGAAGCGCAAGGCCAUCGAAAACGCCAUUAAGAUUUAA